AUGGGUGCCCUGACCACUACCGACUACGCCGCCGUUUCUGAUGGUACCAACAUCUACCUCUACUAUCAAACCGAUACCAACCAGAUUCACGAGGUUACUUCUGCGGAUGGAUCUAGCUGGACUGCAAGUCAGGCUGCAGUUGCUGAAAACUUGAGUCCCGGCGGAUCUCCCAUAACAGCUUACUACGUGGCCAACGACGGCACUUCAGGCAAGAAAUCCGCUAUCCACGUCAUCUAUCUCGAUGCAUCCGGAACCCUUCAUGAGAAGGUCAAAUCCCCCUUGACGAAUACUUCAUGGGAAAGUCGCGAACUCCCCGUGGAAAUCAAGAAAGCCCCCGUUUCAACAUCGCGGCUCUCUAGCGGAGUCUGCCAUGACACUGCUGCAGGCGCCCAUCAGUGGGUAUUUUUCGAGAAAACAGAUGGAACUACGGGUAAAUCUGAGAUAGCUGAGAUUCGAAGUGGCCUUGAAAGUCAAUUCAAGUGGAUCUACAGAAAGGUUCUCCAGGAGGAAGCCGUCGCUGCGCUGCCUGGAACUCAACUGGCGACAAAUCUCACCAACCCUACUACCCACUUAUUCUUCCAAGAUCAUGAUGGUAACAUCACUGAAUACCUCGGUGGCUAUGAUGCCUGGAACACAAAGAAGGUGAUCCUCACCAAGGAGAAAGUUGAAAGCAGUACCCCUCUCACCGCCGCCGAAUCCUCUGUUGCGGACAAGCCCUAUGUCUUUUUUGCGACUAAAACUACUCCUUUCAAGAUUAUGGUAUACAACGAUGGCAGCUCCUCCGAGAUUGCGGCUUAUGUUCCUGGCACCAAGUUGGGCGCCAUUACUGUCGGUGGGAAGGUUCUACUCUUCCAUAAACCCCUCGCGCACCCGACUAGUGUAUGGACUCAAGUUUAUGAUGGCAGCGCUUGGAAAUUGGGCUCAAAGGUCGUUGGCUAA